AUGUCCAACGAGAAGGAUAUCAGCGUUGGUACCGGCGAUUUGGAGCCAGAAGAAACCAUGGAGAGCAUCCAAGCUCCCAAGGAGGUAUCGACCUACGAAGAACGUUCCAAGGCCAACGGCAUGGUCUACACGGUGACAGAUGUGCCUCCAUUGCCCACCGCCAUUUUGUUGGGAGUCCAGCAUUACCUCACCAUGUUGGGUGCCUCCGUUUUGGUGCCCUUGAUUCUGACCCCGGCCAUGGGCGCCACACAAGAGCAAACUGCCCAAGUCAUUGCCACCGCCUUUUUUGUGGCGGGCAUCAACACCCUGAUCCAAACCACAAUUGGGGAUCGUUUGCCCAUUGUACAGUCCGGUUCCUUUGCCUACUUGCCAGCCACCUUUACGAUUAUCUUUCAUGAAAGUUUGCAGAGCAUCGAAAAUGACAAUGACAGAUUUCACGAGACGAUGCGUGUCAUUCAAGGUGCCAUCAUUGUGGUGGGGUUGGUUCAAAUGGCGAUUGGAUACACUGGCAUCAUUGUGCCCAUGCUCCGCUACAUCUCUCCCGUCACAAUUGCCCCUGUUGUAGCUGCAAUCGGAUUAGGUCUAUACAAUGUCGGCUUUAACAAUGUCAGCAAUUGCUUUGCUAUUGGAUUGCUCCAGAUUGGAUUGACGAUCCUCUUUUCGCAGUAUCUCAAAAACAUCAAGAUUGGUGGCUACGCCAUCUUUGCCCUGUUUCCCAUCGUGUUGGCAAUUUCUUUGACGUGGAGUUUUGGUGCCAUCUUGACAGCUGCCGACGUUUGGGAAGAAGGUCACCUUUGUCGCACGGAUGCAGCACGCGAUUUACUAAAGUCUACACCAUGGUUUCGCAUCCCGUAUCCUGGUCAAUGGGGAGCACCUCGAUUUGAAUCGUAUGCCAUUGUGCCAAUGCUGGGAAGCAUGGCGGCAGGAAUGAUCGAAUCCAUUGGUGACUACUAUUCCUGCGCCAGAUUGUCAGGCGCACCACCUCCCACCGCUGGCAUUGUGAGCCGAGGAUUGGCGGGAGAAGGCAUUGGCAUUGUCUUGGCGGGUCUGUUUGGGACUGGCAAUGGCACUACAUCGUACUCGGAGAACAUCGGUGCCAUGAACUUGACAAGAGUUGGCAGUCGAGCUGUCAUCCAAUGCGGAGCCGUCGUGAUGAUCCUUGUCGGUGUCAUUUCCAAGGUGUCGGGACUGCUCGCUAGCAUGCCUUCAGCCCUGGUCGGUGGCAUUUACUGCUGCGUCUUUGGUCUCAUUGUGGCUGUCGGAUUGUCGACGCUUCAGUAUGUGGACUUGAACAGUGAGCGCAACCUCUUCAUUAUUGGUUUUGCCUUGUUCAAUUCAUUGUCCGUCGCAGGGCCCGGAGGCUACUUUAGCACCCAAGAGGAGAAUCCCUUUGGCGAUUCCAAUGGAGCUCAAAUAGCAUUGGCCAUUUUCAGUUCUCCCAUGAUCAUUGCACUCCUUUCAGCCUUCAUCUUGGACAACACGGUCCCCUCAAAGUCCAGAGAGGAACGAGGUCUGCAUGUUUGGGAUGCUGUACGAAACACGGACACUGUCAAUGAUCCCGAGUACAUCAAGGUCUACUCGUUACCCUUGGGUCUCUCGCGGAUCUUUCGCAAUUGCGUGUACUUGGAGUAUCCAAGCAUUGGCAGGAUUCCUCCGCCGCCAGAAGGAGGCUACAGAUCCGGUCGCGGUGACAUUGGUGAACUGUGCUGCUGGUUUUUACCAGGUUGUCGGGGAGCAGAGGACAACGAGGAUGAAGCUAUCAACGAUGUGACGGUGGAUAAGGGCGAAGAUCCUGAAGUCUGUGAUGCUACGGGGGAAAAUGGCAAUGAGAUGUCCGAAACCACGGCCUGA